CAUUCCCACGUCGCAAAUACAGCAUCCUCCAGAUCAGCUUCUGGUUUUUGAUCCAGUUUUUGACUUAUACAGUAUUUCAAUUAGACUAAAGUCUGGUGAUCGCGAUGAUGCCAUCAUCACAAUUCCAAGAUUAUCUUUAAACUGCUUGCACUUGUGA